AUGAAACGUUCCUAUUCUUCUUUAAAUUCCAUUUCAACAAAACGUCUAAAAAAUAAUAAUGAAUCUCUAAAAAAUUCUUCAUCAUUAACAUCUGAUUCUUUGACAUUUUUUGUUGAUAUCUCAAAAAAUUCAUUUAUUAAUUAUCUUCAUAUACCACCAAUAAUAUUUAAACAUCAAUUAUAUUCUUUAAAAUCAAAUAAUCGUACAUUAAUUGAUUGUGAAUUACAGGAAAUGUUUAAUCAAAAUCAAAUACGUUUAUUUCAUUCUCAUCAUGGUAUUAUGUUAAUGUUUACAAGUGAUUAUCAUUUAAUAAUUGAACGACAACUUAGUGAAAAUAAUCUAUCAUCAUUAUCAAUAGAAAAAACACGUUUAAAACAACGUUUUAUUCAAGAUUUAUUACCUAAAUAUAUACGUUUAUCAAUUGAUAAAAAUACAUUAGAAAAUGAAUUUAAAUUGAAUACAAAUGAUAUUCAUUUACUUAUACAAUUAGGUUUACUUUUACCAAAACAAAUCAAUGAAUAUUGGUUUUCAUUACCAAAUUUAUCAUCAUUUAUCACAUGUUUAGAUAAAGGUCGACGAACACUUUUACAAAUGCUAUCAAGACGAACAUAUAAAGAAAUACCUAUGAAUGAAUUUCGAUUGAGAGAUAUGAAAAAAAAUUGUUUAUUAGGCUUUGAUUAUCAUAUUCAUGAUCUAAUUGGUGCAAAUUUAGCACAUAUUAUCGACGCACCUACAGGCCCAAUUGUCAGAUUAGGACCAGAAAAAGUUUGA